AAAAUUACACCAUCGCCAUAUUUAAAAAAUACCGUAUGUGAUAUAUAUUUUUGUUUAUUCACAAUAUAUAUUACUGAUAUUUAAAAAAUUAAAAAAUAUAAAUUUUAUUUUAUUUGUAAUUUAAAAAUUAAAAAUUCCAUUGAGAUACAAUGUUUAAAAAAUUCGAUGAAAAAGACAGUGUUUCUGGUGUCCAACAAUUGAAAUCAUCGGUUCAAAAAAGUAUUAGAUCAAAAUUAUUAGAAUUGUAUCCUUAUCUUGAAAGUCACAUUGAUCAGAUAAUUCCUAAAAAAGAUUCUUUUCGUCUUGUAAAAUGUCACGAUCAUAUUGAAAUUAUGGUUAAUGGUUCUGGGGAACUUCUUUUCUUUCGUCAACGAGAAGGACCAUGGAUGCCUACGUUAAAACUUCUUCACAAAUAUCCUUUUUUCCUGCCAAUAGAACAAGUAGACAAAGGUGCUAUUAAAUUCGUUCUCAGUGGCGCUAAUAUUAUGUGUCCUGGUUUAACAUCAAAAGGUGCUAAGAUGACCCAAGUAUCAAAAGGAACUGUCGUUGCGGUUAUGGCAGAAGGAAAACAACAUGCGUUAGCUGUUGGUGUGACUACGCUAUCAACUGAAGACAUAGCCAAAGUUAAUAAAGGUGUAGGAGUUGAAAACUGUCAUUAUCUAAACGACGGUUUGUGGCAGAUGAAACCCGUCAAGUAAUUAAUUAAAUUAAGGUUCCUAUUUAUACACUAACUUAUAAUACAAUUAAUGUGAAAAUUCGCGCAAUCUUGUAAUCAAUUAUUGCCACUAAAUAUUGAUUGUAAUUUUUUAUUUGUAUAAAUGAAAUCAUGAAAUUUA